UCCAAUAGACAUCCCAAAAAAUUAACUCAAAAAUCUUGGGUACGCCGACCCUAUCCUGAAUCACCCUUCAGUCGUCUCAGGCUUUGCUUUCUUUUACAAAAUUCUCUUCUAACAGUCAAUGAUAAUGGAAGAUCUGCUUGCCUAAAGAGAGCAGGUGUUAAUAUUUCAGAACAUCAAAUGAGAAUACCAAUUCUUUUACCUGCUCAUUGAACCAGGUAUUUUUGCUUCUGCAAGUGCAAUCUCGAGAAUAAUCUUGUAUUGAGUUGAAAUUCUUUGUGGGUUUCAUGGAUUUUUUGUUGACUUCAUUGUAGUAUAAAGAUGUCAGCUUUUCCAAUUAUUCCCAAUAAUGGCUUAAUAAUUUCUCAAGAAAGAUUCAAACUUGAUGUCGGAGAACCAAAAUUUUUAGGAACAUAUAGAAGUGUAGCUAGUUCAUUUUCUAAGUCAUAUCAUAGUUUAGUUUCUCUGCCUUUAUUGGGAUGGAAUUAUGGUCAUUGGACAUCCCAACAUAGAUUAUAUUUGCAUAGUACUAGGUUUAAGUCACUCAGCAAUGAGACGAGACAGGCAGAAACCCGCUUGGGGAAAAAGGUGAAUUAUGGUACGAGAAGGAAAUUUUCAAUAAGAUUGCGACCGAGGUUAAGAUUAUACUGGAGAAGAUUGAAAAGGGUUUCCAUAAGCUCGAUUUUAAAUGGUCUUGGAACAUUCAUUCGUAAAAACGUGAGAAGAGUGACCCUUUCGACUUCUGUUGCGGUUGUUUUGGGGCUCUGCUUUUUGUUUCUGAAACUGACUGCAACGUCGCCUCCUAAAGUUGUUCCCUACUCCGACUUGAUCAUGAGCCUGCAAAAUGGAAUGGUGUCAAAGGUUCUUUUCGAGGAGGGUACUCGUCGGAUAUACUACAACACAGAAUCGUGGGUGAUGAAAGAUGCUCAAAUAUCAGAACGUGAAGCUUUAGCUCCUGGAAAUAGUAUAGAUGAUGGUCAAGCCGGCAAUGAUGUUCUAAAAACGAGUCAAAUGGGUAGCAAUGUGCUUAAUAAAAUGGUGAAAAGCCGAGCUUCUACUCCUUUAUGGCAAUUUUCUACCCGGAAGAUUGAUCACGAUGAAGGAUAUCUUCUUAGUCUAAUGAGGGAAAAAGGAACUUCAUACAGCUCAGCCCCUCAAUCACUACUUGCGUCAAUCAGGAAUUCAUUGAUAACAAUGCUGUCAUUAUGGAUCCCAUUAACUCCUAUCAUGUGGCUUCUUUAUCGUCAACUUUCUGCGGCCAAUAGUCCAGCUAGAAGACGAAGGCCAAGUAAUCAGUUGGUUACUUUUGAUGAUGUGGAUGGUGUGGAUACUGCAAAAGUAGAGCUUAUGGAGAUAGUAUCGUGCCUACAAGGAGCAAUAAACUACAGUAAGCUAGGAGCAAAGUUACCCAAAGGAGUGCUACUUGUGGGACCUCCAGGAACCGGGAAAACAUUACUAGCCCGUGCAGUGGCUGGAGAAGCAGGAGUACCAUUUUUUUCAGUUUCUGCCAGUGAAUUUGUUGAGUUAUUCGUUGGAAGAGGAGCAGCACGUAUUAGAGAUCUAUUCAGUGUUGCAAGGAAAAAUGCACCUUCAAUAGUUUUCAUUGAUGAACUUGAUGCUGUUGGAGGAAAACGUGGGAGAAGUUUCAAUGAUGAAAGGGAUCAAACACUUAAUCAGUUGCUGACUGAAAUGGAUGGCUUUGAGUCUGGAACAAAUGUUGUUGUUAUUGCUGCGACUAAUAGACCUGAAGCUUUGGAUCAAGCUCUUUGUCGACCUGGCCGCUUCUCCAGGAAAGUUUAUGUGGGAGAACCAGAUGAAGCUGGGAGGAGAAAGAUUUUGGCCAUACAUUUUAGAGGGGUGCCUUUAGAGGAAGAUAUGGACCUUAUCUGCAAUCUAGUUGCAUCUCUCACUCAAGGCUUUGUUGGUGCUGAUCUUGCAAACAUAGUCAAUGAAGCUGCACUGCUUGCUGCACGCAGAGGGGCAGAACGUGUCUCCAGGGAGGAUAUAAUGGAAGCGAUAGAAAGAGCCAAGUUCGGGAUAAGUGAUAGGGAUUCGAGUUCUAGUACCAUAGGUAGGGAGCUAGGAAAACUGUUCCCUUGGAUGCCUUCCCUAAUGGGGAGGAAUGAUACGAGACAGGAAGGAACGGGUGGGCCUCUGGGCUAUCAAACUCUAAGUUGAUGAGCGCGUUCCCGUUUGUUGUAUCCGGUCAUUUGACCUUCACAAGUAUAAUUUUGAUAUCUGUAGAUGUAGCUGCAAUAAUCUUUGCUUCCAUCGAGAUGGGGUUCUUCUUGUUUAUAAUUUUUGUGCCGAUCUGUAAACCAGAAACGUGAUAUUACUCCCACUUAAUUUCUCCUAUGAUAAAUACAUUAGAACGUGGUUAGUAUCUGCAAAUUUA